AUGGAGGUGAGAUUUAUAUAAUCCUGACUGGCAGUUUGAACCUAUGAUGUGUCUGCAUUAUAUACUGUAUUAAAUUAAAACAACUUUAUUGCACUUGUGUCCUGCUUGCAGGCUUCUCACAGGCCUCUGGCUGGGCACCGUGAAAACAGGAUGCUGGCCAUUAACCUGACUCAGCAGGCUCCUCUUAUGUUCUUACCUUCCAAGGCUGAGUUUUGUUUUUUAAAAUAUUUUUAUUAAAGUUUUCUUGGUUUACAAAGGUAUGCACAAUGUCUCUUUUUUCAAGUUACGUUUCCAUAGGUCAGUUUCAUUUGUUGAGACAUUAGGGUUACAUUAGGAAGAAAAGGGGGGGAAGAGGUGGAGGGGGGAAAGGCGAGUGGGGGUGGUGUUUCUAGUUUACUUAAUGUAUGUAAAGAUAUCCUUGAAGUAUAAUUCUCCCGCUUUGUUUCAGAUGCAGCUAUCUCCCCCUGCUGGUCCAGAAUGUUUCUAUUCUCUAUGAUCCCAAGGCAGUACAAAGAGCAGGCAGAGAGGCAUUAGGGGAACAGAAACCCAGGUGCAUAAUAACCUAAGCAUGACGGUUAGCAUCUAGGUUGCAGCAGAGAUUAGGAAUCAGGCUUCCCCUCCUAUCUGGCUCAUUGAAAUUACUGCUGCCUUGUUGUUCUGCAGAAGUUUUGAUACCCCUGGGUUGAGAGAACUUGGGAGACUGGGGGGCAUAUAAGCCCCAGAGAUGAUAGGGAAUGGAUAAAUGUUUUAAUGUAUUUUUAAUUUGUUGUUGGAAGCUGCCCGAGUGGCUGGGGAAACCCAGCCAGAUGGGUGGGGUAGAAAUAAAUUAUUAUUAUUAUUAUUAUUAUUAUUAUUAUUAUUAAGUGUCCCCCAUCUUAUGGAGCUUCUCAAAAGGCUCCGCUGAAACCACCUGGAAAGGACAUUUAAAUCACGAUUGAAAGCAUGACCAAUAGAUAGAAGCAGACCAAUUAAGUUCAAGGGAGCUGUCUCCCUAUUUAUUUUUAUUCGUUUAUUUACUGGCACACAUUUGGAUCCCAGGCAGUCUCCCAUGCAGGUACUGACCAGAUCCACAACUGCUUAACUUCAGCUAUGUGGUGGCUUCUUGUGCCUUAAGCUUGGGACCAUACCCUGAGUGUGCUUGGGAUUGCAGCCACAUAGUAGCAAAAUCCUGAGCACGUUAUAUCAGUAGUUAGGUGCUGUUAAAUUGGGAUUUAGCUCCUGCAACCAGUGCUUAGCAUUACUGUUAGACAUUUGCAUUUAUGUUGUGUUCACAUUUAUGGCUUACAAUGCUGGGAGGCCAUUUUUGCUCUUCUACAUUUAAAGCCAUGUUUUUGGUGUUGUGCACAUUAGAGAGGAGGUGGGCAGGUCUUCGCCUGAUGCGCAUGACCUUUUUUUGGUUUCCCUGCCCCAGGAACUCCUAUUCAUGAAGGAGUCAUCUGCACAUGUGCAAUGGCUGUCUCAAAUUCACACAACAUUCCUAAGGCUUAAGUUUUCUAGUUGUAUUAAAGCUGGUUUGAAAGGCCCCCACUACCUGCACUUUCCAGAAACAAAUGAAGACGUUUUUGGUCCAACAGGCUUUUUCCAGAGGAAUAAAACCAUACCCCAAUGUGAUUUAUGAAAAACGGUAAAAACAAAUAAACCCAAGAACAACAAAUACAUUUAAAACAAGACUAAAACCAGAACAGGUAGACACUUGUGGUAGUCUUGUUUUAAAUGUAUUUAUUGUUCUUGAGUUUGUUUGUUUUUACUGUUUUUCAUAAAUCACAUUGGGGUAUGGUUUUAUUUAAUAAACCAAUAAUAAUAAUAAUAAUAAUAAUAUACUGAGGAUAGCUCAGUCAGCAGAGCAAGAGACUCCUAAUCUCAGGGUCGUGGGUUCGAGCCUGUUGGGCAAAAAGAUUCCUGAUCCAAAAAGGGGUUGAACUAGAUGACCCUCAUGGUCACUUCCAACACUCUAAUUCUAUGAUUCUAAUAUAAUAAUAAUCCUGACGGCAUGGGAAAGUUUUCAGCAAGCAUUUGAAGGUGGAAACAGAAGGCGCCUGCCAAUCUCUCUUGGAAGAGCAUGCCACAGGACUGCUUUAUUAUUAUUAUCAUUAUUUGUUGUUGUUGUUGUAAAAAAACAGUGCAAAAGCUCUUCCUUGGCUGCAAACAGACGCUCUCUUGCCUCUACCCCCCCCCCCAGGCGAAGGAGAGAGGCGCCUUCCGCUUGCUGCUGCAGCCUGAGCGGAAUUUCAAUGCCCGAGGGAGACCUGACCUCUUUGCUGCAGCAGCAAGAUCAGCUUUGCUUUCGCUCCGCGCUUUGCUCGCGCCCGAUUUGGCGGAGAGGCGCAAGCCCGAGCUAGCCCCACCCUAUCUGCCAACCUCCUCGUCCCUCUCUCUCUCUCAUUGGCGCGCUCCCCUUUCAAUCUGGGCCACAGUUCCUGGAUGAUUUAAAAGACAGAGAGAGGGAGACAUGGCUGCGAGAGGAAGAGGCGAGCAAUGUAGCCUUUUCUGCGGCUGCGAGAGCAGCAGCGCUCCCGAGCCCUGCGGUAAGAGCAGCAGCAGGGCCCUCGGCGCCUCCUUGGGGAGAUGCUCGGGGCGAAGCAUGAUGGGAAACUCCCGCUGCCUCGAGCCCCUGAGCCCAGCAGCAAACGCACCUCACCAUCGGCUGCCUCCCCCUACCCCGUGAUGUUAAUUGACUCUCAGCGUGGUUGGGCAGAUUUGGGGUGACGACAGAGCUUUGGAAGCGUGGUGGAAAGUGUGUGUUUAUAUAUGUGUGUGUAUAUGUGUGGGUGAAGGCCGAUUCCCAUUGGCUGUUUUCUGGGCAGGAUAUGCGUGUUGCAAUCCCUUCCUGGGCACUUUUAAGAUUGAUGUUUUGUUUUUCCCCACCCACAUGCUAACUGGGUUAUCCCCCCCCUUCUUUAUGCAUUGGAGUUGCUGAAUUUGAAUUCCCCUUUCUGCCUCUUUCACCAACUUCCUUUCCCUAUUUUCCUUUGGCUUUGCAGAACAGGCUCAGGUUUAGGACAAGCCAGGGGAACCCACUAUUCCCUCCCCCUUUUCUGAAAGGGUCAGAUUAAUCAACUUUGUUAACUGUGCCCAUUUACAUUAUGAGAGUAACCCCUAUUGAUAUCAGAGGGACUUAGUCCCAAGUAAACAGGUCUGGGACUGCACUGUUAAUUUCAUAACCUAAAAGCAAACUAACCCAUUAGUUAAGUGAAAAUGUCAUCCUUAACUGCCUAGAAUGCUGAAAUAUUUGUUAAGGACAUUUUCUUUUACAUGUUUUGGUUUCAAAUCUUCUUUUCACGCCUCUAAGGGCAAUCCAAAAUAGGCUUCAGUCCUAUAUGCAGUUAACUAGAAGGAAACCACAUAGAACUGGGCUUGCUUGUUAAUAGUGCAGUCCUAUAUAUGUGUAGAGGGACGCGGGUGGCACAGUAGUCUAAACCACUGAGGCUAGUACUUGCUGAUUGGAAGGUCGGCAGUUCAAAUCCCUGUGACGGGGUGAGCUCCCGUUGCUCGGUCCCUGCUCCUGCCAACCUAGCAGUUUGAAAGCAUGCCAAAAAGUGCAAGGAGAUAAAUAGGUGCCACUCUGGCGGGAAGGUAAAUGGCAUUUCUGUACGCUGCUCUGGUUUCGCCAGAAGCGGCUUAGUCAUGCUGGCCACAUGACCUGGAAGCUGUACACUGGCUCCUCCCUAAUGGUCAGGGGUCCCUUUACCUUUACUCAGAAGUAAGUAUUAAGUUUGAUUUACUCUUUGUUAAGUGGCUACAGAAUUGGAUACAGGAUUGCAACUAUUUUAGAUAGAUGAUAGAUAGAUAGAUAGAUAGAUAGAUAGAUAGAUAGAUACAUACAUACAUACAUACGUAUAUCUAAAGUCAGGAUACAUGACCCAUUAUUCCCCUUUUCUUCUUUAACCUCACAACAACCCUGUAAUAUAGGUUAGAAUGAGAGAGAGAGACUGAUCCAAGUCACUCAGUGAAAUUUCGCUGAGGGGCAGUUGGAUGCUGGGUCUUGACUAAACAUGCCUCAGAUUGGACUGCACAGUUGUCUUGAGGAAAUUAGUCUUCAGUGCAAUUCUUUUUUAAAAAAAUAGUAUAAAUUGGUUUAAUUUUUAAGUGGAAAAAACUAUUUAAAAAUAUAUAUAUUGUUCUUUGUGUGUUCCAGUUUACUCAUUGCCCUCUUCUCCCAAACUGAUAUUUUGGUUAAACUCUUAUUACAUGACUUAUAAACAGCCUUGGAUUGCAGUCUUAUCUAUAGCUAAUUCUGUGUGUGUAUGUGUGUUUAGAUCUCUGGCCCCUGCUAAAUUUAUUCUCCUUAAAAUUGUAUUACUCUCAUAAAAAAUUCUAUUUGUGCUAGUGGAAAGGCUGUGCCAAGAUUCCAAGGAAUGAUGUCUUACCUUGGGCUGAAUGCACCCUCCUCUCUGGCAGUUGAAAUAUUCUGCAAGGGGGGAAAUGAAUUUCCUGCCAAAUAAUGGCUGCCUUGGAAGGUGGUGGACUGUCCUUGGUUAAAGGAUUUUAAGCAGAGGCUGGAUUGCUAACUAUUGCAGAUGCUAUAGCAGCAGAUUUCUUGCCUCAGCAAGAUGGAUGGCCUAGUUGACCUUUGUGGUUCUUUCUAACUUUAUGAUGGGGAAACCUUUUGGGAGCCUCCUGAUUAUGGCUAACCUGUCAAUGAAACCUAUGAGACUUUUGGUACAAUCCUAUGUGUAGGAGACUACCUAGUGCAUAGCAAAGGACCAUAGCAUUGCACUAUAAAUUGAUUAAGCUGUUGUCCUAAGCUUGCAAAACUUUUCAUAUCCUUAAAAACAAUUUCAUUUUCACUUCUUUAUUGCACUGAAGAGGAUGCCUUUUUAAGAUGGCAUUUGCAGCCUGCAGUUUUAAACAAUAUUUAUCUGUUUAAAAAACAACAUUGGAGGUAAAUUUUUAUCUGAUUAAAAAGUGUUUCUUUAUUCAAUGGAGGUUUCAAUCCUAUACCCACAUCCCCUUGAACUCAGUGGGGCUUGCCCCGCCCACUUUUCAGUUGGGUCCCACCCACUAUUGGAAUUCCGUGUGGCCCUUAGCCCCCAAAAGGGUUUCCCACUCCUGAUCUAAGCAAUUGACUAAAGUUAAAAUUUAAACUUGUUGACUGUAUUCUAGGCCCCCUUGAUUAGAGUUCAUAUUGCUUUCUCUUUCAAAGGUGACUGGGUUGUUAAUUUGUUUUUUGUUUUCCACACUCAUAGGAUUGCAAGAAGCUGCACAAUGAUGGAAGGAACAAGACAAGCAAGGAUUUCUCGCCCACACAAGAUAAGCGAAUCCUCAAAGGUCUGUGACUUUUUGCACGUAUUGCUUGUUACGUUGGCAGACUGGAACUUCUCCCACGGAUAUGGGAGACUUGCAUUUCUCUGUAUAAUACCCCAGAAUUAACGCCCAUUUUACAUGUGGAAUGUAGUAGUUUUCAAAUAAUAUAUGAAAAGAACCUCUCCUGUUUUCCACAUGUGCUGAUUUAUUCGCAGGUCUCUUGCCCAAGAAAAAGAAACAGGGAUGGUUGCUUUUAGAAGUUGCUUUGUUCCAAAAAUGUCUAACCCUAGUUCAUAGUGCUGUUGUCCAAUGAGGAGACCAGUGUCUCUUAGGAAGCUGCUAUAUAUUGAGUCAGACCAUUCAUCCAUCUGGUUUACUGCAGUUAUUACUGGCUGGCAGCAGCUCUCCAGGGUUUUAGACAGGGUCCUCUCCCAGCCCUACUUGGAGAUGCCAGGGACAUUCUGCCUGGAAAGCAGGUGCUCCCCUUCUGAACUAAGACCCUUCCCAAGAGACGUAGGAAGCUGCCAUAUUGGUCAAACCAUUGGUCCAUGUACAGAGUUUUCUCCCAGUUCUACCUGGAGAAGCUGGGUAUUCAACCAGGGACUUUCUGCAUGCAUAGCAUCCACUUUGAGAUGUAGCUCUCCUGAACUGCCCAGGAGAGGGGCAAACGGCCAACCUGUGACUGCAGGGCUUUGUGUGACUCCCUGCCUAAUUCCAGGCAUAUACCAGGAAGGUGGCGGCCAGUUAAGAUCAUCACUACCCAGCAUUUUCUCUCUCCUAAGAUAACUCCAUACUGUAUUUGCUUUCUCUCCUCCCUCCCUCUUGAUUCUCCCAUAAGAAAGAGAUGGAAGGGUGGUGGUCUUCCUAAGAGAUAAACAGAGAGAGUGUGAGGUGGCUCUGGAACCACUCCCUGUGCUGCCAUGUUGCUCCCAAAAGAUGACCUCCGAGGGAGCGUGGCCCUCUGCCAUAUAAAUUAAUAGAUUUAUUCCCCCUCAGGUGAGUAGCAAUUUGACACCCAUUCUCUUCCUUUCAGGUAUACAAAUGGGCUGACCACUCCAGCCUAGUUCUUCAGAGCUUGAACGAACAGAGGCAACGGGGCCUCUUCUGUGAUGUCGUUCUGGUUGCGGACGAGCAGAGGGUCCCUGCCCAUCGAAACAUUUUAGCGGUCUGCAGUGACUAUUUCAACUCAAUGUUCACUAUUGGGAUGCGGGAAGCCUACCAGAAAGAGGUGGAGCUCUUUGGAGCAUCCUAUGUUGGCCUCAAAGCCAUUGUGGACUUCCUGUAUGGGAGCGAGCUCUCCCUCGAUGGUGGCAACAUUGAUUACAUUUUGGAAACUGCCCACCUGCUGCAGAUCUGGAAGGUGGUUGACUUCUGUUGCGAGUACCUGGAGAAUGAGGUCAACGAGGAGAACUACUUGUACCUGCAGGAGCUGGCCUCUCUCUACAACCUCAGGCGCCUGGACUUGUACAUUGAUUCCUUCAUCUUGAGGAACUUUGGUACGCUGUCUUUCACGCCACACUUCCUGCAGAACAUUUCCAUCCAGAAGUUGUGCCAGUACCUGGGCAGUGACAACGUCCAGCAGGAAUGUGAGCACGACUUGCUGCAGGCCGCGUUGCAGUGGCUUACGCAGUCCCCAGAGAGGGAGAGGGAGGCCUACUCCGUCUUGGAAAACAUCCAUUUCCCCUUGAUACCAAAGAGUGACCUGCUGCACCGCGUCAAGCCGGCCGUCUGCUCCCUCCUCUCAAAAGAAACCAACUGUGAGACCUUCGUCGAAGAGGCGGUCCACUACCACAACAACGUCGCGGCUCAGCCGGUCCUUCAGAACAAGCGGACCGCUCUCCGCACGAGUGAAGAAAAGCUCCUCUUCGUCGGCGGGGAGGUGUCGGAAAAUUGCUUGGAGCUGAGUGACGACACCUGCUUCCUGGACACCAAAACGGGGCAGUGGGUGAGGGAAACACCGCUCCCUGCUCCACGGAGCCACCACUGCGUUGCAGUGCUCGGAGGGUUCAUCUUCACUGCCGGAGGAAGCUUUUCACGUGAUAAUGGUGGGGAUGCCGCCUCCAAUCUUCUAUAUAGGUAUGACCCUCGGUGUAACCACUGGAUAAAGGUGAGGCUUCAGCUGCAAUGGGCACAUAUAUGUUCUUGUAAAAUUUUAUGCUUUUAGCAGAAGGUAAAAUACUUCUGUCCUUAAAACGUGAAAACCAAGGAGUGCAGCCAUCUGUGCAGCAAUGCUUAUGCUGUGAACUGCGGAAUCUGGUUUCCAUAUUGCAAUAUAUGCCCCUCCAGAUUCAAUGGAGGCGGGGGGAGCAGUUUCUUAGCGUUCAUGGUGGUGCGUAGAAGACUGAGAAAAUGAGGCACUGUUCUCUAAGAAAGGUUAGAAAUUGGGGCGAGGGGUGGUGUUGGAGCUUUGAUAGGCUUGUGAGUUUGGAUAGAGGUAGACUUUACUUGUUGCAAGCACAUGCACAGAGAUGUUUGUAGAGUAAGAAAAUAACAAAGCAGUUUAUUAUAGGAAGUAAGUAACUCAAAGAGCUUGGGAUGCCCUGAGUACUGAAAAGAUUGUGUUCCCCUUCCUAGUUAAUUCAAAAUACUAAACCACAAAAUAAAAAAAAUAUAUUUCAAAAUAAAGCAAAACUUACAUUGUAUAUUAAAUUAAAAUAGCUUCUUUCUAGAGUUUUUCAGUACAAAAUUCUGAAUAAAUUAAUCAAAGCUUUUUAAAAAAAUUUAAAUACAAAUGUCAAAUUCUUCCUCCUCGAUUGUUCCAACAGUCUCUCCCCUGUAGCAAGUCACUUCUAUUUUACUAACUCCUUGAUUUCCUGUUCUCAUCAAGAGAGACGUUCGAGUGAGGAUGGGGUUUGGGUGCCUCUCUGUAAAUGGAUACAUCUGUUAUUGAAUUAAUCAGGCUUCCUGAAGAUAUCUUUCUUCUGAUAUGGUUAGAAUAGCCUAAUCUAGACAAGACCAACUCCUUUAUCUUGCAUUGUUGUGAGCCAAUCUGUUUUCUAGACUAUUGUCUGGCCAUCAAAAAUAUAAGUUAAUUUAGAAUAUGCAGGAAAUGAUAAAAAUAAAUUUAAGGAACCUCUGAAAGAGGAGGAAGGAAGUCAAGUAUUGGAAUGUUAAAAUGACUGUAAAACUAUUGAAAUGAAUAUAACUGAAAAUCAUAAAUUAAAAAAUGAUACAUACAUACAUACAUACAUGUGUGUGUGUGUGUGUGUGUGUGUGUCUAUAUAUGACUAUUCAGGUAUGUUGUGGGGCUUCCUUUUCUUUCACAGCUUGCUUCCAUGAGGCAGCGUCGUGUAGACUUCUAUCUGGCUGCCAUCAAGGGCAUGCUAGUGGCUGUCGGUGGAAGGAACGAAAAUGGAGCGCUUUCAUCUGUUGAGAUCUACAGGCCGGAGAAAGAUGCAUGGACCUAUGUAGCAGGCUUGCCAAGGUAACCUGGAUCAGGAUCUGGAGACAAUCAUUCACAUGGGGGUGUAUAUGUGAACCUCAGGUCUGGGGGGCCAGAUCUGGCCCUCCAAGCCUCUGUAUCAAUCCUCCCCAAGCCAUGACCCUGCUUUGCAGUUGUCAAGUAUGUGUAUAGUGUCUGUGUGUUUCACCUCUUGCCAUGGCCGCUAGUGGCAGGUGAGCCCUGGAAGGCUUUCCAGAAGGGAAUGGGGUGUCAGGCUGAAGAUUAUCCCCCACCCUUGUUUUAUUUUGGCUUUCACUCAAUCCAGCACCCUCUGUAUGUUCUUGGAGUAUAACUAUCAUCCUCCCUGGCCGCUGGUCAUGUUGGCUGGGGCUGGUGGAAGUUGGGAGUCCAACAAGGUACCAGGUUGUGGAGGGCUGUUUUAUGUUUCAAAAAGAACAAUGUGAGUUUCCUGGGGAAAGUUGCAAAAUUAAGUGGUUUGCUUUUUGCCUCUUACUCUUUGUGGUGGCAAUUCGAAGGAAAAGCUGUAAGGAUCCUCAGACUGUCCAGGGGCAAAGUGGAAUUUGAUCUCUUGGCUUGUAGAACUCAGCAGUAACCGGGAGUCAUGGCAGUGGAAUCCAGCAGAGACUGGGACACUGAAUCGGGUCCAUGGCACACAAGAGAAGCAGAGUUUUUUGUCUGUAUUUCCUUAAACAAAGGGGGUAUUGCAUAGGGGUUGUGAACAGUAUGCAGAGGCUCAGAAAGCCUCAGGUCACCUCCAGCCCCGCUAAAGGGCAAGUCGCUCACUAGGAGCUCUACUUGGUGCUGAGAGCCAGGAGCCUAGGAGCAUGGGAGGCUGAGGUUGAAAAGACUUCACUUCACCUCCAGCCUUCAUAGGAGAAAGUGGGUCACUAGGAGCUCUCCUUGGUGCUGGAAGCAAAUGUCCUGCCUUUCUGCAUUGUGCAGGCCCCUAUUCAGGACCAGAACACCAUUAGUGUUGUAUCCUGUAGGCUGUUAUUAUGACCUCUACCACCACUAUUACUAUUAUGAUAACGGUACUUCAAAGUUUAGUGGGAUUUCUAAAAUAUUCAUCUUGUUUGAAAAGGUAUCCUUCUGUACCUUGAAGGGAACCCCACAACUGAUUAUAUCUUUCCCCCUUCCCCUUUCUUUCUGUCCUAGGUUUACUUAUGGCCAUGCUGGCGCAGCCCACAAUGAUUUGGUUUAUAUAUCAGGAGGCCACGAUUACCAAAUCGGCCCCUAUCGCAAAAAUCUGCUCUGCUACGAUUAUCGCACCGACGUGUGGGAAGAGAAGAGGCCAAUGAUCACUGCCCGCGGCUGGCACAGCAUGUGCACCUUGGAGGAUGACAUUUACUCCAUUGGCGGCAGUAACGAUUACCUUGAAACGAUGACCCGCUUUGACAUUUUGGCUGUGGAGUCUUACAGCCCACAGUGCAAUCAGUGGACCAGAGUGGCCCCCUUGCUGCAAGCCAACAGUGAAUCUGGAGUGGCCAUGUGGGAAGGCAAGAUCUACAUCCUUGGUGGCUAUAGCUGGGAGGACACUGUCUUCUCCAGAACCGUCCAGGUGUACAACAAAGAGAAGAACAAGUGGCAAAAAGAAACUGAUCUUCCAAAAGCAAUUGCUGGGGUUUCUGCUUGUGUGUGCUCGUUAAAACCAAGAUCAGAAGAUAAAAAGAAAAGGCCAAAAAUGAAACGGCAUCAGAAUCAAGGGAGAUGA